GGUGGAUGUUUAUAGACCGACCGAAGAGGGUGCCGCUAUUGGCGUUGACGAUGGAGGAUUUAGCCGAACUAAAACAGAGUCUAAAGUGUUACAUUACAUCAGAGAGCUUGCUUCUCUGAGCUGUUUUUCCCCCAGUGAGGCAGCUUCCUUCCAGUUGCUCCUCACUUGGCCUGCCUCAAAAUGGAUGCCCUGCUGAAUCCUGAUCUCAGGGAAAAGGAGCACGAUGGUUCGAUCAAGGUAGAAAACACCUCAAAACAAGUCAUAUUCAAAGGCCUUGCCCCUAGAGUUGUUUUGUCAAACCACUUCCUGGCUAAAGGAACCAAAACUAAGGUGAACCUUGAGGAACAGGGUCGACAGAAGGUAUCCUUCAGCUUCACACAGACUAAGAAGCCAAGGCAGAAUGUGUUCCUUGCUCCACCAAGUCCAGAAAAAGCUGCACCUGAAACUUGUUCUGCAAUGCUGUCUGCGAAUUUGCCGUCUAUGGACCAAGCUGGACAGAGUGCAGAAAAUAAGAAUGAGCAACUCGACGUUCCUGCUGUGGCCAUUGAAGUGGCAGAGUCCCAGGCAGCACAGUCCCCAGUAUCCCUCCUAGCCAAAUCAAAACAUGAUCUUGGCAAGAUACAUUUUAAAAAACAGAUUCUUAGUGUGUCUGUUGUUGAGGAGAGUCCCACAGUUCAUGCUGUUUCAGAUGAGACCUCAGAGACGGACGUUUUAAUCAGAUCUUCAGCGAGCAUUGAAGCUGAAUCUGUAGUGACUACGUCUCAGCAUAACACGAUCUCUGAUAGUCCCUCUAAAAAAUCUGACAGAGAGGAAGGUGCUCAGGAGAAAUUAGACACUUGCCUUAAGGGACCAACUGAUUCCUCCCAUAUUGGGAAAGAGUAUAAAGAUCGUCCCAGUACUUCUGAGCCUGAAGUCAGAAGAGCUCAACCUCAGUCAGACAUUACUCUGCCUAUUUCUGAGUUUGAUGGGGAUUCUGCUUGGACAUCUCCCAUCCAAAAGUCUAGUGACCCCAAGAAUCUUGUAAAGUCAGACAGUCAGAGUGCAGAUGUUAAGAAGUCAUCGAGCUCCAAGUCAGAGAUCUCCGAAAAAUCCAGAUAUGAUAGGAGGGAAGAGAAAGAUGAAAAGGGGUCUAAUCGUUCUAAAAUGGACAGGGACUCUAGGCACACUUCGUCACGAUCCUCUCGUUCUGACCGAAGAAGGACCAAGAGUCGAUCACGGUCUAGAUCUCGAAGUUCUCGAACUAGUUCUUCCUAUUCCAGAUCUGAAAGAUCAAGAAAUGAAAGACAGUCAAGGUCAGAUAAGUCACAUUACCAUGAUUCUGAAAGGAGGUCCCGUAGAAGUUCUCCUUAUCGUGAACAGAGGAGUUCCCGCUCUCGGGCUGAUGGCAGAUCUCGAGACAGCUCCGACUCUGAAGAUGACCUUAGGAAGCCAAGGACUCGAGGCAGUGACUCUAGCCGAUCCUCCACUUACUCUACUUCACAAAGAGAUUCUAAGUCAACCUCUCACUCAAAAUACAGGGAUUCAAAAUCCAUAGAGUCUUCUCGCUCAUUAGAAUCAGACAGAAGAUCACAGUAUUCAAGAACAGAAAGAUCUGGAAGAACUGUUGACUCUGAACCUAGUAAAAGGACCUCUCCUGAGUCCGAAGCCAUUCUUAGGAAGUCCAGUUCCCAUUCAAAAUCAGAGAUAAAUGCUAGCAUUUCAACAUCCAACCAAGAUACAUUAAGAUCAGAGAAAAGGGUCCUGAAAAACAGUGGGAGCUCUGACUCUGAUGAGGAGCACAGAAGGAAGUCUCAAUCACAAGGCUCAGACAGAUCUUCUGGGUCCUGGAGCUCAUCAUCUAAAAAAACAGAUAUUUUAGAGUCCAAGUCUUCAGCUAGUAUAACUGGAACAGAGGGACAAUCAGUAGAUACAUUAAGUAAUGUAAAGCUGCCACUCUUGGGGUCUCAGGGAGAAAUUAACAUGAUGGAUGUUUCUCAACAUGAAGAUAAUAGUCAGUUUAAAUUAAAUUAUAAUUCUUCCCAGCAAAAGCAGCAGGCUAUUCUAACGGACAAAUCAAAAAGUGAAAAUGUUGAAAUACAAGUGGCGAGCAAAGAUCCUUGUAGUGUGGCAAAGAGCACAGUUCUCCAUGAUGGGGAAUUAAGUACUACUGUAAGUAAAUGUCAUGUAACUGUCAAUGAAAUUUCUGUUCAGGGUGCCCAACUUGGAAAGCAAAUAGACACUCUAGUCCAAAAUGAAAUUCAAGUUUUUUCAGAGGCACAGUUUAAUGUAGCAAAUUUUAGUAACCUUUGCAAAAGUAAUGAUUCUUCUAGCUUGAGUAAGCCAUCUUGUCCAGGCUACACUCCCAGUGAUGAUUCAGCAGGAUCAUUGGCAGACACUCUUUCUGUGAAAGAAUUACCACUAGACACCUUGAAACCCAACACUACAUCUGGUUCCCACUUGAUCAUCAGUAAAGAAGUAAGUCAAAUGGCCAUUACUCCAAAUAUUAAUACCAUUCACAAAGAACCUCAGCAACUGAAUGUCAAACCUGAGCAGUCACAAGCUGUUGUUAUGAAAAGGGGAAGUAAUGUUAAAAAAUCACGUUGGGAUAUUGUUGGACAAGACACUUCAGAACAUCAAGCCCCUAAGAAGAUGGUAAACCAAGAUGCAGCUGUGAAAAAAGUAAUCUCAGUUAAGAGAAUUGAAUUUAACAAUGAUGUGAACUUUGAAGAGGCAUACUCUGAGAAACAAGACUCCGUGAUGCAGUCAAUAAAGUCUGAGGAGGUAUCACAGAGAAAUGGGAAAACAGAAUCUCUGAAAGAAAUCAGUAAAGUUCCUAGUCUGCCAUUUGACUGUGGUACACAACAAACCCAUGAUAGAAGUAAUGAACAUGUCAAUGUUAAUACAUCUGAAAAUAAGGUUCUUGAGUUUCCUCUGAAAUCAUAUUGCAGUACUGCAGCUGUUAUUCAUUUAGAUCAGAAGUGUGCUAAUUUUGAGAAAUUAAACAGUGCUGACUCACACAAACCUGUGCCUCGAGAUUCAGUAUCCUUCAGUUGUGAUGGUAAAGGCCACAGUGAGGAAAGUGAGACUGAUGACUAUGAUUCAGAUUCAGAUGAUGGGCAAGUCUCUUUGAAACGACUACACUCUGUGGUGGUUGUGCCAAAGAAUUCUACCAUUACCCUUGAGACCACUGACCAUGGAGUUCAUCCUACAUUCUCUCCUAGCCUCUCAGAUCACUUUGGGCAGCAACUAACCCAUCAAGCAGGUCAGUUAAUUAAGGACAUUAAUAGUGAAAGUCCUCACAGUCUUAACUCCCAGUCUAAGCUUGGGGAAGCUUCAGCUGAAGGAAACAAACAUGUCUCAUUAGUUGCUAAUGACAGAUGUUCACCACUAUCUGCGCGAGUGGCCUACCAAUCCCAGAGCAAUAUGGUUGACAGUACCAGCCAUUCUGAGGCAACCGCUGCACUUGCUCCAACAGAUAUAAACUGUACCAUCCAUGAAAGACCAAAGAUGUGUGUUCCCACUGGCCAAACACCUACAUACUAUCUGGAGAAUGUGCAAAAACAGGCUGACUUUGGUCCUUAUCAAAAUUAUGAUACACCAGACAGCUGGCAUGGGAAAAAAGGGGGAAGAGAACAAUAUGUAGAAUUUAGAUGCCCAGAUGAUUUUAGGGGACAAGGUAGUUUUAACGUGGGCUGGGACUUCACUCAACCAGAGCAGCCCAGCAGCACAUUUCAGCAACCAGACAGCAGUCAACGGCUACCCCAAGUAGGCGGUGUGUUUAACAGCCAAGGCAAUGUUUACUGGACCCAGUCAGCUGCCUCUUAUAGAAGCAUACCAGUCAAGACACUUGUGCCUUCUCAGUAUCAUGAUUCACUGGGCCAGAUUCACCCAGACUCCCUAACUAAUGACAGCGAGGAAGACUAUGAGAGAAAAUCAGUUGCACUUAGUUGUGGAUCAGUUUCUAGUGAACCUCCAGUGUCCAAUGCAUUUGUUCAAGCCCAUGAGAUAAGCAGCAACUGCAGCUUUGUGGGUGCCAUUGUCGAAAGUCAGAUAGCCUCAGAGCCUCCCAGAGAAGUCAGCCAAAAGCCUCAUAGAGGUAAAGGUCCACCCAAGAAGAGACGCCCAGAGAUGGAGUCUGAAUCAGAUAAUGAAGCGGAAGCAGGGCUUGCUUGCAAGAGGGAAUGCAUAGAGGAGCAUGAGAGCUCUAGGAGCUCAAAAGAGACUAAGGUGUCCUCAGACCGAGAAGAUUCACAGCGACCACUGCUCAGUCUGAAAGACUUUCUGGACCCUGUUACUUGGAAGGAAAAAGCCAAGCAGAAAAAGAUGCCUCCCUACUUUGAACUCAUCGACGAAAAUGUGUAUCUGACAGAACGCAAGAAGAAUAAGUCUCAUCGCGAUAUUAAGCGAAUGCAGUGUGAGUGUUCUGUUCUUUCGAGGGAGGACCGGGCACGAGCAGUUAUGGCUUGUGGAGAAGAUUGCUUGAAUCGCCUUCUUAUGAUCGAGUGUUCGUCACGGUGCUUGAAUGGGGUAUACUGCUCCAACCGGCGCUUCCAGAUGAAACAGCAUGCAGACUUUGAGGUCAUUCUAACUGAAAGCAAAGGCUGGGGUUUGCGAGCUGCCAAAGACCUACUUCCGAACACCUUUGUGUUGGAGUAUUGUGGCGAGGUUCUAGAUCAUAAGGAGUUCAAAUCCCGAGUGAAGGAGUAUGCUCGCAGCAAGAAUAUCCACUACUAUUUCAUGGCAUUGAAGAAUAAUGAGAUCAUUGAUGCCACACUGAAAGGCAACUGCUCACGUUUCAUGAACCACAGCUGUGAGCCCAACUGUGAAACUCAGAAGUGGACAGUAAAUGGUCAGCUCAGAGUUGGCUUCUUUACUACCAAAGCUGUGAAGGCUGGUACAGAGCUCACCUUUGAUUACCAGUUCCAGAGAUAUGGGAAAGAGGCUCAGAAAUGUUUCUGUGGGGCGCCCAGCUGUCGCGGUUUCUUGGGUGGGGAGAAUCGUGUGAGUGUGCGUGCAGCAGGGGGGAAGAAGCAGAGGGAACGAUCUCGGAAGAAAGAAACUGUCAGCGCUCUUACUACGGUGGAUGAGGAGCUGGAGGCUCUCUGGGAGAACGGGGAAGGGCUAAGUGAUGAGAAGCAAGUGAUCUCCCUUUGCAGGCUGAUGGUGCGGGUGGAGACCAUGGAGCAGAGAUUCACUUGUCUGAAACUCAUCCAGAACACCCAGAACCAUUCAUGUCUAAAGCAGUUUUUGGAUCAACAUGGUCUCUCGUUGUUGUGGAUAUUUAUGGUUGAUCUUUCUGAGGCUAAAAGCAACUCUGUUAACAACAUUAAACUGCAGCUGGAGAUAAUGAAGGCCUUGGCAGUGCUGCCCAUCUCCACUAAGAACAUGCUGGAAGAGAGCCGCGUGCUGCAGUUCAUCCAACGCUGGGCACAGAGCCACCCGCUUGGCCAACCUACAGAGCAGGAUGGCUACUCCAGCGAGAGCACUUCUCGUGCACAGACACCCCUCAACACUCCCGAUGGCCCCCCUGCAAAGCUGGCUCCCGAGCUAGAUGGAGACACACCAAAACGUGCCGUCUACCGCCGUCUGAAGAUCAUCAGCGAGAACAGCCUGGACAGUGCUCUCUCCGACGGUAGCAAAGCCUCCGAUGGUAAGGAGGAAGAGGAUGAGGAAGAGGAGGAGAUGAUGGAGCAGCCGUUGCACAUGGAAGCCACAAUGGUCACAACAGAAAAGGGAGAACCCAGUGUGAGAGACACGGACACUUUGGCUGAAGGAGAUCCACCGGUGAAACAGGAAGCUUCCGAUGCUGUGGAGAGUACGGAGUCAAAGCCAGAGUCAAGGCAGGAGGACAGGACAGAAGAUGGAGCAGAUGAGCAGGAAACAGAGGAGAAACCGACCGGCGAGACGGAGGAGAAACCGUCUCAGGAAAGGGAGCAAAAACUGACCAGCGAGAUGGAGUACAAACCGACCAGCGAGACGGAGGAGAAACUCUUUCAGGAAAGGGAGGAGAAAACGACCAGCGAGACGGAGGAGAAAACAACCGGUGAAACGGAGGAGCAACUGUCUCAGGAAAGGGAGGAGAAGCCGACCAGCGAGACGGAGGAGGAGAUUGAGGCGAAUCCGACCAAUGAGACACAGGAAGAACCAACUAGCAUUAAGGAGAAACCUACCAGUGAAGAGGAGGAGAAACUGACUGAGCUGAUGAAGGAAAAACUGACCAGUGAGACAGAAGAGAACCAGUCAUCUUCAUUUGAGGAAAAGCUGGUGGUCCAGGAAACCAAGCAUGAACCUGAGCCUACAGAGUUAAACAGCCAGGCAGUGAGAACUGCUGAAGAUCUGCCUCAUACCAGUGUAAAAGCUGAAGUAGAUGGCAUUAGUUCUGUAGAACCUUCUGAUGUGGCGGCAUCUGCCACUGAACCGUCCAUGGAAACUGAAUGUUCUGAGCGUUUAGUUUUGGAUGUAAAUGCUAUAUGCCCUUCCACCAUGGUCAUUCUGUCUGUGGAGCCCCCUGAAAUCACUGUAGAAACGGUUCCUUCUGACUCUUCAGCAGUUGCCAUACCUUCUGAUUCUUCACUUCUCACCAUGUGUAAAGCCAUGGACAGCGUAUCUCCUAUUUCUACUGCAACCCUUGUGGAAAAACCUUCAGCUGAGGUUAAAACUGUUCCCGUGGAGAGCACUGCUUCACUUCCGACUGCCAUAACAGCAGAGAUGCCUCCGUCAAGUACAGCAGCAACAGAGAGCACAGUGGUGGGCACACCUUCCCAAGAUGAGGAGGAGGGCAUUUCCGAUGUGGAAAGUGAGAGAAGCCAGGAGCCUCAAGUCAGGGCUUUGGACAUUAGUGAGAUGGCUGCCCGCCUGCUUGACAGCUGGAAAGACCUGAAGGAGGUGUACAGGAUCCCAAAGAAGAGUCAAGUGGAAAAGGAGUCAAAUGAUCGCAGUCGAGAGCGGGAAGCUCUGUUCACGACCCGUACCACCUCCAGCAGCCGUGAGAGGGAGCGUGAACGUGAGAGAGAGCGCGAUCGCGAGCGGGACCGAGAUCGGGACUGGGAGCGCGAUCGGGACUGGGACCGAGACAGGGACUCGGACAGGUCCACGCUGCGCAGCACCGAGAGGAAGAGGAGACGAGGCUCCGCCUCUCCUCCUCCCCCUUCGGCCUACGAGAGGAGCAGUCGCCGAAAUGAGGACCGCUAUGAUCAGGCCAGCAGCAGUAAGAAGAAGCCUCGAGCAAAGGAGUCGCGUAACAAGCUGACAACAGAGGAGCGGCGUAAGCUCUUUGAACAGGAGGUGGCUCAGCGAGAGGCCCAGAAGCAGCUGCAGCGACUAGCGUUCAAUCCACUCGUCUAUACUUCCAGCUCGAGCUUCAUGGCCUACCCGCCCGGCUACCCCAUCCAGACCUACGUGGACCCCGCUAAUCCCAACGCUGGCAAGGUGCUGCUGCCUACCCCGCCCGUGGAGCCCAUGUGUGUGGCUGUGGCCGGCGCUCCCGCUGCCGUCUCCUUUGAGCAGCCUCCUAGUGUCCAGCCGCUCAUCUCCGACCUUGGCCUCGCCCCGCCGUCCCCUAGCACCACGCAGACAGGCCCAGCCCCCAGUCUGGCGCACGUGCCCGCCUCACUGGAGCUGCCAUCGGCCGUGCAGCCGCAGCAGUUCGCCCAGCCUGCCGCGCCGGCACAGGACCCCGCCGUAGCCGUCCUGUCGGUGCCUGCGCAGGCAGCUGCUGCCCAGGUGCAGGGUCAGCAGGGCUAUGCAACACUAUGGGACCCCAGCACACAGCAAGCUGUGACGGUGCAGACUCAGCCGGCCCAGCAGUACUCCAGCACGGCCCAGCCACAGACUGCCAUCUACUACCAGAGCCAGCCGUGCCAAGCCAUCUACAGCAUGCCUGCAGGCUACACUCAGACCAACGCACCUGUCAUCCAGACGUACACCGAGCCAGCUGCUGGCUACCUGCAUGGCCAGCAGGUCUAUGCAGGUCACCAGCAGGGAGUAGUGGUUCAGCAGGGCGGCACGGUGACCACCAUAGUCACAUCUCAGGCCGUACAACAGGACAUGAUUGUCCCGAACAGCAUCAUGGACCUCCCUCCCCCUUCACCUCCCAAACCCAAAACCAUUGUCCUGCCUCCAAGCUGGAAGGUAGCACGUGAUCCUGAGGGCAAGAUCUACUACUACCAUGUGAUCACCAGACAAACACAGUGGGAUCCCCCCAGCUGGGACGGGACUGGAGAAGAGGCCAGCGUGGAGCAUGAGGCGGAGAUGGAUUUGGGGACACCGACAUACGAUGAAAACCCCUCGAAGUUCUCGACCAAGACAGCUGAGGCAGACACCUCCAGCGAGCUUGCAAAGAAAAGCAAAGAAGUCUUCCGCAAGGAGAUGUCACAGUUCAUUGUGCAAUGCCUUAAUCCAUACCGAAAGCCCGACUGCAAAUUGGGCCGCAUCAGCAACACUGAGGAUUUCAAACACCUCGCCAGAAAGCUAACCCAUGGAGUGAUGAACAAGGAGCUCAAAUCCUGCAAGAACCCUGAGGAUCUGGAGUGCAAUGAGAAUGUCAAACACAAGACCAAGGAGUACAUCAAGAAGUACAUGCAGAAGUUCGGCCCUGUCUACCGGCCCAAAGAGGACGCGGAGCUGGACUAGCCUCCUUCCUCCUGCCACCGCCGGUGGCGAGCAGUUAGCAAAUUAGGCAGCGAAACUCUGGACCCUCUUAUUACUUCUGUUUUUAUAUUGACUUUCUCACCAUGUCCUAACUGCUGCUCUGAAGCCUCUGUCCCUGCCAGGACAUAAGGCCAUCGCGAGGAAAAGUCCCGCAGCCAGCAAGCCGAGAAGCGGGCAGAGGACGCACAUGCAGGGUGCUACAGACUUUUUUUGUUUUGUUUUGUUGGUGGUUGUUGUCGUCCCCCUUCCCCCCCCCCGUCCCCCAGAUAUCAUGUAUGCUUUUAGCCUUUUCCACAGUGUCUUCUUAAAUGGCCACUCCACACUGUGGUUUCAGCUUCAUCGUCUUCGCUUGCUGCGUCAUCCUCGGCUCAGUUCCGGACUUUUUACGUGGCUGCCGAGAAGCAUCCAGCAAAAACGUGCAAGUCCAGUUGCUUUCCCUUCGCCACCUGCUCACGCGCAUCCCCCGGUCACUCUAGUUGCCGUUUGAAAGGUCGUCUCGGUUGCCUGCGGCUACCGCUGGCCGUCGGUGACUGCCAUUUCCUUGCUGGCUGCUAGUCGAGGCAAAGGGGAAGCAGAGCCGGGUUGGGCGGUCGAGGCAGAUGCCUCUUCAGGACCAAGUACGGUCUCAGGAUAGAGGAGGACUGUUCUCGUAUUAAUUUCAUGCAUUGAAUCUGGAUGUGGCUCUUGUCCCCAGGCUCCCGCCGUCCCACAGAGCAGCUGGGCCUCGGGACGUCCCGUCCAGCCACACUUUACGGCUUUUAAUGAGCUGCCGUGUGAAGGAUGUCUGUUCAUGUGUCCAUUCGAAGCCUCUCACGGCCACUCUGACCUCACAGCAGGGGCCAUGUAGCAUUUAUUGUUUUAUCAACGUUUUUCAUCAUUUUACAUUAACUGUCAUUAACAAAUUGCCCUUUUAAUAGCAUCACACAAGCAAAUGUGAAGGCCUUCUGGCAUAUUGUGACUUGUUUGUCCCCCAUGUUAAAGCUGAUCAGGGGUUGUUUUUUUUCCCAUAAGCUCUUGCUGUUAAUGAACCCCACCUCAUUAAUUUGCAUUAAAUCUUUUUUCCCAGAACAUGUAUUAUAUUGCUUUAUAUGUGAAUAUAUUGAGAGAUAGUUUUUGAGACCAUUUAAAUAAGCAGAGACUUUGUUAAAGGACUGUGGUGAUCACGGCUUAUCAUGUAAAUAUGUGUAAUUAUACCAAACCAAUAAAGUGGGAUCUUGGGGACAAGAAUCGAUCUCCAGUCCCACCAGCAACAUCAGUGCUCCCAUAGUAACCAGGAUUCCAUGCUUUCCCACUGCUCCCUGUCUUGGGUUGGGUUUGAAAUUAAAGAUAUGGGGGUGUGGUAGUUUUGUUUUUAUUCACCCUUUCUUCUCUGUCUAUGGAAAGACUUCCUUUUUUUUUUUUUUUUUUUUUUUUUAAUUGUACAAAACGGAGUAUCACCCCACUCCACUGUAAGUACUGUGCAAGCACAUUGUCAUACUGAGUGUAAAGAACAUUUUAAAAUAAACUUUUUUUUGUAAAAAUGUCA